AUGGUAAUGCUAAAGGGCGUUCUGUCAGCUAUACCUUCACACUCCAUGACAUGUUUCAAACUCCCUAAGUCUCUGAUAAAAAGAAUCCAAUCGGCGGUCACGAGAUUUUGGUGGGAUGAUCGAGCAGGAACAAAGAAGAUGGCAUGGAUUGCAUGGUCUAAGAUGAUGCAACCAAAGAGCAAGGGAGGACUCGGUUUUAGGGAUUUCGAAUGCUUUAAUGAAGCGCUCCUAGCAAAGCUCUCAUGGCGCUUAGUGCACAGACCAGACUCCCUCCUGGGCCGCAUCCUGCUAGGAAAAUACUGCACUGAUUCAGGAAUCCUCACCUGCCAAAGCAAGAGCUCUGAAUCUAACGGAUGGAAAGGAAUCCUCAUUGGGAGAGAUCUCUUGAUAAAUAACUCGGGAUGGCUAAUUGGAGAUGGUAACACUGUUGAGAUUUGGUCGGAUCCCUGGCUCAGUACUACUACACGGGAAUCACCAAUGAGACCAGCCACAGAAACUACUGCAUCCCUCAAAGUAUCGAGCCUCAUGACCUUAGGUACCACCGAAUGGGACUUACAGAAAAUAAGAGACAUAUGCCCUGCCCAUGAGGACCAAAUCCUCAAAAUAUGA